AUGAAUCGAACUUUAGGUUUGGAUGUACAGCUGAAUUAUAUUGAAAAUGGUAUUGUCAACUUGUAUUCUGUCAAAUUUCCCUAUCGAAUCAAUAUUAGCAUCUCUUAUGUGCAAUUUUCUUGGAAUGCAAAACUUCUUGAUCGACCGGUGCAUUAUGCAAUACGAGUGAUAUCACAUGAUAGUGCUGUGAUGCCAUUACUUCAAAUACCUUCCGGUGGAAAAGUUCCAUUAAAAACGGAAACAUUCAACAUUGAGUAUCGAUGUGUAGGAAUUAGGACUGGCAAAUUCGAUAUUCAAGUUAAUUUCAAUUUUGAUUGGCCUUCCAGCACGAAUGGAACAAAUGUUUCAUUGAAGCAUGAGAAAUUAUGUGCGGUUAAAACACUACGUCGUGCUUAUACCGCCUAUUGUAAUCAUGCUGGCGGAUAA